AUGGCGCGGCGAGGUAGCUGCAGCUGGUUGCUGUUGCUAUGUCCUUUUGGGGCUUUGCUCUUCAGCCAGCCGGGGCAAGUAGCAGAGAAGCAGCGUCAUGCAGUGGUGACAGGAGCUGCUGGAUAUUUGGGCCGGGAGCUUUGCGCACAACUCCUCGCAGAAAACUGGCGAGUGACAGCGGUGGUUCGACAGGCUUCCGCAGAGCGUUCCUCUGCCUUGGUGGAGCUUGCUCGAAGUGCCGGAUCUUUGGGAGACUUGGAACUUCUUUCGUUGGACCUGAUGGACGAGGAUGCUUUGACUGAAGCAAUCAAGAGACUCAGGCCUUCCGUUGUCUUCCAUGCUGGGGGCAUCUUCCGGCGCUGCCAGAAGCCCAUGGAGGAAAUGGUGCAACCAAACAUUGCGAUGGCAGAGGCGAUUAUUCGCGCAGCUGCGGCAUCACCAUCGAAGCCGUUGGUGAUUUACACAUCCUCCAUGGCUGCCGUGCGCGGUCCAGGACAGGUGCCCCGUGAUGGACGGAGCUGCUUUGAUGAGGAGGACUGGAACCGGCAGUCCCGCCCCGAAAAUGGCUGGGGCGAGGCUUAUCAGUAUAGUAAGGUUGAAUCGGAACUUCGCGCCAAAGCUCUAGCUGACGAGCUAAAGGUGGGCUUUGUGUCGCUUUGUCCAUCGUUUAUCCUCGGCCCCGAGCGGGGGCCCAGUGAUGGCUCUGGCUUUUCGGUGAGCAUGGUCCUUUCGUGGAUGCGUGGGGAGCAGAAGGUGAGAAGCCUCCUGAUUUCGGAUGUUCGCGAUGUUGCUGCAGCGCACUUGGCAGCGGCAAAAGCAACGCCAGGGCAACGCUUCAUUGUUAGCACUGAGGUGCGCCCCCUUCCAGAGGAAGUUGCCCAAGUUCUGCGGGAAGUAGUCGCAUCUGCGUGGGGCUCGGAAGCUGCGAAAGCCAUCAGAGCGACUUCACCACCUACAGAUGGGCCUGCCUGCAUGCGCACAUCAGCUGCAAUGAGAAUCUUAUCAGGACCUGGGGCGCAAGAGGUCCAGUGCAAGGAGCGGCUAGGUGAGCUCCAAAUCCACUGCCGUGACGCGUUAGAAACGGUGAGAGAUAUGGCCUCCCACUUGGCAUCAGUAGCUCCGAAAACAGCGUUCCGUUUUUUCCGUUUUUCAUGGUGA